UUAAAUAUUUGAAAUCUUGAAGACAAAUCCUGUUGAUCGAUAGUUUAAACAACGUAAGCGCACCAAACGGUUUUAAUUCUAUCGAAUUUCGGACGAUUUUAGAGUUGUUGAAGUAGGUACACUAAAGCCUGGCAAUGGCAAAACCGUUGAUUAAAUUAGGUACAUUUUCAAGCAAAAUUCCGAAGAAACAACCCAAAACGUCCAUAUACUUUUGCGGUUCCUGGAAGCAAUUUUCUCACUAAUUUAGCAAAGUGGCUACAUUUAAUAUUUAGCUCAAUCCACUUCAAUAAUUUGCUUUCACGAUUGGAUCUUUUACAGGCUCUUGUCCAAAACGGGUGCUUCUUUAAAUAGCCAGUCAUGUUGACUUUAACUUUCUGGACUCAAGUUUCCUCAAUUCUCGGCUUAUAUUUUAGCGAAAAGCAAUGGAAGAAUCAAGCCAGUUUCCAGCAAACCUUGAAUUAUAUUGAUUAAUGUGUUAGUUCUUCUGAGCUUGUUCUGCAUUUCUGUGGUCAGUGUUCUGGAGGACUUUGAUGCAACUUUCACACUAACACUGGAUUUCAUUAUGUGCUCACUAGUUUACUUAAGAAGAUUUUGGAAUAUAGGGAAAGUGGGGAAUUUUACCUUCAUGUGGAAGUUUUUUCUUAAGAGUGCUAAAGCUGAAAAAAUCGCAGACAAAUUUUUCAAACAAGCAAUAUUUCUAGCUGUGGAAGUGGGGUUGCUGCUUCUGAUGUUAACAGAUAAUUUCCUUUCGCAGUGGCUUUGGUAUCAGCCUCUGGUAGCUCCAAAAUUGUUGGAAACCUACAUAAUGUUGAUAUUUUCUGUUGAACUAAAUGUGAUAAAUGCCUUUUUGUGCAUCUAUUGCAGGCGUCUUCAAAACUUGGAGGGUUUUAUUCAGGAGAAAUAUGAAGAUUUCUACAAAAUUCCCAUCGCAGAAUGUAGGAAGUUAGAGAAUGGAGAUUUCCUGGUAGUUGGUUGGAUAAGACAUGCCCUAGAAAGCAAAAACAGCUCCGAAAGUAUUGCGCAGAUAAGAGAAGAGGUUCCGAAGAUCGUCCAACUUCUUACAAGCCUUGAGAGUUUUUUCGGAAUAUUCGCAUUUUCAUCAAGGAUUAUUUUCAGUAGCUUCACAGGGCAUCUAUUCAGCACAAUGAACGCAUUCAUUUCUAAACCAGGGUUUAAUCAAUAUUGCAACAUGUUGAGGACUUUUUCAUGUAUUUUUAUUGGGAUCCAGAUUUUGCAAACACGAAGAAACUCCCACUUGGUUAAAAAACGGCUUCAUCAUGUUGCCUUAACCAGCUACAGGCUUUACCUGGAUUUGCCUGUUAGAACUGUCCGAGAAGCCGAAAGUGAUCUAACGGCCUCUCUGUUGCUCAUCUAUAAAAUGUGCUUUUUCUUUCCUAACUUUUGAAUAAACCAUCUAAAAUAUCA